AUGGGCCCGCGACCGCCGGACAUGCCCGCGUCCCGGCCAUCGGCCGACACAGCAGAAGAAGGAGUCAAGUCACCCGACGAUACCGAGGGCGCUGUCGUCAAUACUCAGAUUCCAUAUAUUGCGCGUGAUUCAGACGACGAUAACGACUCGGCUCUCGGAGACGAUUCAAGCAUAGCAUCAUCAUCCGCCUCUCUCACGGACAGCAUCUUCGAGUACCGCGCCCUCCACGGCCGGACCUACCAGGUGUCCAAGUCGACCGAGUACUGGGGCCCCAACGAUGAGACGCAGAACGAGGGACUGGACCUCGCCCACGCGCUCAUCACCAUGCUCAUGGGCGACCGGCUCUUUGCCGCGCCCCUCGCCGCGCGCGGGCCGGCCAACGUCCUCGACGUCGGCACCGGCACCGGCAUCUGGGCGCUCGACAUGGCCGACGCCUACCCGUCGGCGUCGGUCGUCGGCACCGACAUCUCCCCCAUCCAGCCCAGCUGGGUGCCGCCCAACUGCACCUUUUACCUCGACGACGCGCAGCUCGACUGGACCUUUGAGCCCGCCAGCUUUGACUUUAUCCACAUCCGCGCCCUCUACGGCAGCAUCAACGACUGGCGCCGGCUGUACGCGCAGGCGCGCGACGCCCUGAUGCCCGGCGGCUGGAUCGAGAACUUUGAGUUCACCAUCCUCCUGCGCAGCGACGCGCCGCACGUGCGCGACGACCCGCAGCACAUCUUCAAGCGCUGGGCGGCCGUCUUCUGCGAGGCCGCCGACCGCCUCGACAGGACGCUGCGCAUCGGCAACAGCUACACGAUGCACCGGCUGCUGCGCGAGGCCGGCUUCGAGGACGUCACGCAAAAGUACUACCAGGUGCCUGUCGGCGGGUGGAGCAGCGAUCCGGUGUACAGAAAGAUUGGCAUCUACAACCUCGCGUUCAUGGAGCAGAGCCUGGAAGGGUUUGCGCUGUUUCUGCUCAGGGAGAUUAUGAAGUGGACGUACGAGCGAGUACAGAUCUUUUUAAUGGAGAUGCGAGCCGAGAUUCGAAAUGCAAAGAUUCGGCCGUAUUAUCUCAUGACAAACGCGUAUGCACGAAAACCCGAAUAG